CCGCGUCUCGAUGAACAACAUCGUCCGACGCAGCAUGUCGUCCAUUGCCGUCUCUCCCGCCAAAAUCGUGAGCCAGAAAACCCAUCAAGUCGCAGGCAAACUCAGCGUAACCGAACACUUCUUCGAAGUACCCAAAGACUACACACAACCCUCCAACGGCGAAACCAUCCGAAUUUUCGGACGCAGCAUCCGCAAAAAUGAAAAUCCCCUCCUACCCAAAUCCACCUCCACCUCCUCUUCUUCCGAGCCCACCACCACUUCUUCUUCCCCCCAACUCCCUUGGAUGAUAUAUUUAAACGGCGGUCCAGGAAUGGAAUGUCGUCCACCACAACAAUACCCUUUUACACAACGUAUCCUAGAAGCCGGCUAUCAACUUUUUUUUCUCGAUCAACGCGGAACAGGUUUUUCCUCUCCCAUCACCGCUUCAACUCUACAAAUGCUGCAGCAAGGAAAACCCAACAACAAGGACAACAAAAACAAAGCCAACGACGAAGAAACUCAAACCCAAAAUCUCAAACUCUAUCGUGCAGAUAACAUCGUCCGAGACUGUGAAGCCAUUCGACAAAUUCUCACCGCAGACUAUCCUUCUGGAUCUCCUACUGGACCUACUACCGCUGACUCGGAAAAGAAAAAAUGGAGUACAAUCGGUCAAUCAUUCGGAGGAUUCAUUACCAUGACCUAUUUAUCCUUUUACCCCCAAGGACUUCGCGAAAGUUUCAUUUUUGGAGGUUUGCAACCUUUAGUGCAGCAUGCGGAUCAAGUGUACAAAUGUACAUUUCGCAAAGUGGCAGAGCGGAAUCGAGCAUACUAUGAUAAAUACCCCGAGGAUGUGGCGCGCGUGAGAAAUAUUAUGGCGUAUUUGGUACGUGGUGGUGGCGGGGAUGGGGAGAUUGGACUUCCUUCGGGAGGGAAAUUGACGAGGAGGAGAUUUUGCGCCAUGGGGAUUAUGUUGGGAAUGCAUGGGGGAUUGGAUAGUGUGCAUGAGAUUGUACACCGCGCGAACAACGAUAUUGAACUUUUUGGACAUUUGACUCGAGGGACGCUUUCGAUGAUUGAUGCUGCUACUUCCUAUGACGAUCAUCUCAUUUACGCCAUCCUCCACGAACCCAUUUACUGCAAUGGGCCGGGGACGGCGUCCCGAUGGUCUGCAGAGCGCGUACAGGCGGAAUUCGCAGAAUUUGAUAUCGAUCGUGCAGACGGACCGAUAUAUUUCACGGGAGAGAUGAUCUACCCGUGGAUGUUUGAAGACUAUGCGGAACUGCGCAAGGUGCGAGACACUGCGAAUCGGGUGGCAGCAGAGGAUGAUUGGCCUGCGCUGUUUGAUCGGGAGCAAUUGGCACGGAAUGAAGUGCCCGUGUAUGCGGCAAGCUACGUGGAAGACAUGUACGUCGACUUUGGCCUGGGAUCCGAGACGGCCAAGUCGAUCAAAGGGGCCAAAGUGUUCGUCACGAAUGUCAUGUUUCAUGACGCCAUUCGUUCGCGGAUGGACGAGGUUGUCAAGCAGGCGUUUGCUCUUCGAGAUGAUGUCCUGGAUUGAUGGAUGUCCAAGAUGGUUGGCCGCUGGCUGCUGUUGCCCCAGAUAUACCAUGCUCUCAACCCAUCGCAACGAGCUCGCACGGGGAUUAGACUCACGUCUCGAUGCAUCAUAAUGAUAUUAGACCAUCUCCUUUCCUCCACAAACUUCCCUCUUUCGUACCUGAACUUCACACAUCCUCCUCCUCCUCCACAUCAAUCACAACCCCUUCCCGUCUUGCAGUCCUAUAAAUCCACUCCGUGAUCGGCUUCACAUCCUCCCACUUGAUCGGGAUCCGAUGCCCACCAUCCCACUCGAUCACAUCCGCCGUCUGGGGAUCACAAUACUGGCGCAACAACUUUCGAUGCAGAUGCAACCCUUCAUCCAUCAACCCAUGCACAUGCAACGUCGGCAAGCGCAAGAUAUGCGGAGAGAUGCCCUCAUACUCAAACCCUUCACUCAUUUGGCCCGCAGACACCAAUGCGGGGUCUUUACUAUAUUCUCCCAAACUCACGAGCGGAUUCCUCCCCGCCAUCAACACCGCAAAUCGAUAAUUAUUCGUCGUCGUCCUCCCAUCUUCUUUUUCUUCUUCUCCCUCUCCCCUCCCAAUCCCCCUCUCCCUCCUAAUCUGCUCAUCAAACGCCAAACUAGCCGCAACCUUCGCACCCUGACUAAACCCCAACAAACCCACCCACUCCCCCGUCGCGCCAUGACGUUCCGUAUCCUCACGUUGACACCUCUCAAUCUCGUACAAAAUCUCCUCCACAGCCGCUUCGUCGUCAAUAGGCGGAUGAUCGGGUGUCCAGCGCAGCCAUCGCCGAAAAGGUCCGCAGUCGGCGUAGACGGGGAAAAUUCCGGGGCCGGCGGAGCAGAACCAGGGCCCGUCGGCGAAGACGAGGCGGAAGUGGGGGAGGUGUUUGAUUAGAGCGCGGCAUUGCGUGCGGAAGAUGGAGGAGUUGACGCCGCCGCCGUGGAGGCAGAGGAUGCGGGGCGCGUGGAGGGAGGGGGUGGUGGAAGGAGAGGACAUUGUCGUUGGGCGAGGUCUUGCCCUGGGGUGGGGGGGACUGGACGAUGUCGUUUUCGUUGUGGAUCGGGUAAGUGUGUCUAUUCCAAUAAUACAGGUAGGUAGGAAGAUCAGUGUG